AUUUAUUUAGUUUUAAUAUUAAAUUUUUUUUUUUUUUUAAUUAUUAGAGUAAUAUUGUUUAUAAUAUUUUAUUUGUUUAUAAAUAAUAUUAUUAUUAUUUUAAAUUUUAAUGAAAUAUAUCUCUAUAGAAAUUAUAAUAUUAUUAUAUAUAUUGAUUUUUAUUGUUUAAUAUUUUUAUUAACUGUUUUAGUAGUAGUGUUUAAUGUUUUAAACUUUAUAAAUGUUUAUAUAAAUAAAAAUUAUAAUUUUUUUUUGUUUUUUUUUUUUACAAUAUUGUUUAUUAAAUCAAUAAUUUUAUUAAUUAUGUCUAUAAAUUUAUUUUUAAUAAUUUUUGGUUGAGAAUUAUUAGGUUUAAGAUCAUUUUUUUUAAUUUUUUUCUACAAUAAUAAUGAUAGAUGAAAGAGAGCUAUUAAGACAUUUUUAAAUAACAAAAUUGGAGAUUGUAUAAUUAUUAUUUCAAUAUUAAACUUUAUUAUUAUAAAUGAUUUUUUAGAAAUUAAUUGAUUAUUUUUUUUUUCUUUAAUAACAAAAAGUGCUCAAUAUCCAUUUAUAGCUUGGCUACCUAUAGCAAUAUCUGCUCCUACUCCUAUUUCUGCAAUAGUUCAUAGAUCUACUUUAGUAACAGCAGGGUUGUAUAUCAUAUUUCGAUAUUUUAAUUUUUUUUUUAAUUUUUUUAAUUUUUUUUUUUUUUUAAAUUUUUGUUUAAUUUCUAUGUUUUUUAGUAGAUUAAAAGCUAUAAAUGAAAAAGAUAUGAAAAAAAUAAUUGCUUUAUCUACUCUCAGCCAAAUUGGUUUAAUAAUAUUUAUAAUAUUACUUAAUAUAAAAUUUUUAACUUUUUUUUAUUUAUGUAAUCAUGCUUUUUUUAAAUCAUUAAUGUUUAUUAAUAUAGGGAUAAAAAUAAUAAUAAACUUUUCUAAUCAAUUUAAUUUUAAUUUAAAUAAUUUUAAUUUAAUUAUAAUCUAUAAUAUUUCUUUUAAAAUUUCUUGUCUUAAUUUAAUGAAUAUCAGUUUUUUUUCUUCUUUUUUUAUUAAAGAAAUAAUAAUUAAUAUACUAUAUAUAAACUUUUUAAAUAUUUAUAUUUUCUUUUUCUUUUUUUUAUCAAGUUUUUUUACAAUAAAUUAUGCUUUAAAAUUAAUUUUAUUUGGUUUAAGAAUUAAUUUAAAGAUUAAAUUUAACUAUAAUUUUUUUUUUAUAAAUUACAAUUUUUCUUUUUUAUUAAUAAAUUUAAUUUCUUUAUUUUAUAUAAAAAUAAUGUUCAAUUUAUUUAUUUUUGAGAUGAAAUUUUCUUUAAUAAUUUUAAAUAUUUAUUUAUUUUUAUUAUUAAUAAAUUUUUAUUUUAUGAAUUUUUCAUAUAAAAUAAUUAAAACAUUAAUAUAUCUUGAUUUGUUAAUUUAUAUUUUACCUAUAAAAAUUAUGAAAAUAGAUAUAUUGAUAUUUGAGAUAUGAAUAGAAAAUAUAACUUUAAACUUUUUUUUAAAAUUUAAAAAUCUUAAUUUUUUUAAUAUAAAUUUUAAACUUUUAAUUUUAUUAGUAUUAUAUAUUAUAAUAAUUU